CAGCUGGAAAUGCUUCUGCCUACCAGUCUGUCACAGACGGCAUGUACCAUGGGUUGCCACCACUGAGCAACUCUCCAAUGAAGAGCAUUUUUGCUUCGCAGCUCAGCCUACCACAACCACUGGAUCCACAGAGCCUCCAGUCAUUUGUGCUGUUCCCUUGGAGAGCAUUUCUGGAAGAUGGAGGACCAUUUCCAGUUACAAGUAGCAGCCCAGAUACCCUAGAAUAUCACAUGCAGCUAUGCCUCUGUGGACUGAGUGGCCAUGACCUCAAGGUGGCUCAUGGAGAGCUGGCAGGCAUGCAACUGCUAAUGGAAGAUGUUCUUCUGAGUAACUAUCAUAUGAUCGUGGAGGGUCUCCCAGGACAGCAAGCCACACCAGACAAAAAUACACAGCCAGAUUUGUCCAGAGUGCCAGGACUCAGAAGUCAGUUCCAAAGCAGCCCAAGGGCCUCCAGGCUGCUGGGGGGCCCGUGUGAUGCUGUGAUGGCCCUUGCUCUGCUGAGAUCAUUUCUGGUGCUGUGGAAGCAACUGGAAGUGCUAAAGGAGCACUGGGGCCGACUCAAGCUCCAAGUCCAGGACGUCAACUCUCCCUGCCUCCACAAGCAGUUCUCGGAGCUCUAUGGAACUGAUAUUCUCUACCCCAGCAUGAAAGCUAUAGCUAGGCAGAUGGGGAAAGAAGAUGAAUUUGAAGAAAUUUUAAUAACUAGUCAGUGUAUUCUUCCCCCCAAAGGAGCUUCAGAAAUUGAAAUAAAAACUCAACAGCUUCAGAAACUUGUGGAAAUUCUCGAAAUUCAUAUGAUCCAGGAGGUAAUAAGGAAAGUUAACAAAGAGAUAACACUGGUUGUAUCAGAAAAGUCCAAGGAGCAGCAUACUCUCCCUACAGACCUUUGGAAACACCAAGUCAUGGAAGAAAACUUUUCAAUUAUCAGGCCGCAAAUAGUUGAAAAUUUUGUACAGAGAUUAUUGGAGAACUACCAGGAUGGUGGAUUAGAGGUCACGUUCAGGAAAGACCACCUUGAGGCCUGCCUCCUUUCCCUGGGCUGUGAUGUGAUGGCCAGAGAACGCAGCAACUUUGAGAGCUACUCCAUGUGUUACGAGCAUAUAUUGGAGCACGUUAGACAGAAGCUCUGCCAGAAGGAGCAAGAAUUAGACAUUAUACGAAGAGGUCAAAGUCCACCUGAAGACAAGGCUGGUCAGGUUGCAGAACUCAGUCAUAAUAUGAUCAUGGAAAUCACUGCCCUGAGAGCCCGACUCACGGAUUUGGAGGAGGAGAAUCUAAAUCUCAAAAAGCAAAUUAGAAAAGAGGUCCAAGAAGAAUACGAAGCGUUAGUCCAAGCUUUGUUUGUGACAUGUUUGCACAUCAAAGAGAAGUUGGAUGAGAAUCAGCUUAAUUUGAUCCAGAAAGUGUGUGAGCUCAUCGGCGAAGUAAGAACAGAAGGGAUUGACAACAUGAAAAACCUAAAGAAGAAGUGGGGCUCUGCCAGGCCUGACGAAGAAAUGAAAGAAAAUCCAGCCAAAGAGCAGCUGCAGGCCUUGGAGCAGGACAACUGCGGCCUGGCCGCCCUGGUGCGCAAGCUGAGGAGCCUGGGCCACUGGAGGCUGGUGGUGCAGCAGGCACACUUCCGGGGCCAGCUGAGCAGGGCUGAGAAGGAAGCUGUGCAAACUAAAAAAGAGUGUUUGAACAUCAAGCUAAUGGCCGAACAAGAGGUAGUUUUAUUUCGUCAGCAGCUAUUGGCUCUAAGACAGGCCCUGGCUAGGGCUCAGGCGGACAAUGUGAAGAUGUGCAGGCAGCAGGAGAAUCAGGCACAAUUGCUGAAAGAGUUAGAACACAGAGUGACCCAGGAAGCUCUCCACCGGCAGCAGCUGGAUUUAAUGAAAGCCUCCAGCAUGGAGAAGCUCUUAAAGGAUGUGGAGCAAAAGGAACAGCACCUGCAGCUCCUUACUGAAGAUGCCAAGAGGGCUUCUAAACUGGGCCAGCUGCAGCAGAAGAAAAUUCAGAGAGAACUCCGACAGGUGAGAAGCCGGCUUGCCCAUGAGCGUAGUGUGAAGCUGGAUGCUUUCCAGUGGGUAGAAGAGCUACAAAGUCAGCUUAAUGAUGUUGAGCAAUCCUCCACCCAAAGGAACUCACCUGGAGGCCUUAUAUCCCAAGCUCACUACUCCCUAAGUUCUGCUUCCACAUCAUCCAGAUACACCCAGCAACACCUUUUAAAGACUCAACUCAUGGGAAGCAAAAUAACAAGGAUUCAAAGGCCAAAGACUGUAACUAUUAAACACAAAAAACGAACUGACCGUGUCUUCCUACCCAAUGUGGCAGAUAUUGUUCAACUUUCAGCUUUUCAAGUUUAAACAGCUCCAUCCAGAAUCCCAUUUAGACCUGAUUGGUAAUCAUAUAGCCUUUUUCCAAGUUUUAUUUCUAUGGGCAUUUGAAUGAAUAAAAAUGAUUCUAAAUUCC